AUGCCUCCCAGCCGCACCAAGUUAGGGCAAGAAAAAGACGUGGGAGAGCCGCUCUUUCUGACGCCUCUCAUCGAGGCCGGGAAGUACGGAGAAGCCUUGCGGAAAAGUAGAGUGGGCAAGAUAGGCGACCUUCCAGAUAUUCUCAGCUACUCGGGAUACAUCACUGUCGACAAGGAUCUGAACAGCAACCUCUUCUUUUGGUUCUUUCCUGCUAUGGAAGAUCCCGAGAACGCACCAGUGUCAUUGUGGCUCCAAGGGGGACCCGGCACGUCCUCUAUGUUUGGUUUGUUCGCGGAGAACGGCCCGUACCUCGUGGACGAGAAUGGCAAUGCGCGGCUGCGUCCGGUCACGUGGGCGCGCACCAUUUCGAUGUUGUACGUGGACAACCCGGUAGGAACAGGCUUCAGCUUCACGGAUAGUACGAAAGGCUAUUCGCGCAACCAGACCGACGUGAGCCGAAACAUGCUCGAAAUGCUGCAGCAGUUCUUCACUCUGUUUAGAGACUACGCCUCCAACGAUUUCUACCUUUCUGGGGAAUCGUACGCUGGAAAAUACGUCCCAUCCAUAGGCGUGGCUCUCCACGAGUCCCGAGGAAAGCUUCGUGUACCGAUCAACUUCAAGGGCAUCAUCAUUGGCAACGGCAUGACAGACCCCAUCACCAUGCUUAUUUACGGUGACCUCUUGUACAACAUCGGGCUCAUGGACCGAGAUCAAGCGAGACACAUGCAAGAAGAGUGCAACCGCACGGCGAGUCUCAUCCGGGAAAAGAACUACGUGCAAGCCACGGCACUGGCUUAUACAAUCAUUUUGGGCGUCGUCCCAGGAGUGCCGACGUACUUUGGCAAUGUCACAGGCUACAAAUACGGCUACAACUACCUGCUCACGGAGAAACCCGAAGAGCACAGCCGCUACAAAAGCUUCGUCGUAACGCCCACGGUGCGCCGAGCCAUUCACGUUGGUCAAAGGCCCUACAAUACCGACCUAGCUAAAGUGGCAGUCUUCUUCGCCAGCGACCUGAUGCAGUCUGUUCGAGACAAGUUGGCCUUUCUGCUUGAUAACUCCUACAAGGCACUCCUGUACAGCGGUCAUCUGGACAUCAUCGUCUCGUCAACUGCAACCGAGGCCCUCAUGUACUCCCUGGAAUGGUCGGGGUCCGAGGAAUGGUCGAAAGGCCGAGAAGAAAAUUUGGCGCUCGAGCGAUGGCGAACGCCUGUACGGCUAUGUCAAGCGCUGCGAGAAAUUCUACGAUGGUCAUAGUCCGGAACGGAGGUCACAUCACGCCGUACGAUCAGCCGGAGGCAACAUACGAAAUGAUCACCAGAUUUGUCAACGACGUCCCGAUUGUAGAAUAGUUCACGUGCAUUUUUAUCUAACGUAAAAGACAGGAUGCGUAGCAUAUAGGCUACGCCCCAGGAUUCGAGAGGCCUACACUUCUUAAUAGGCCUAAUAAAUAGGAGUAGUAAGUAGACCAAGUUCUCGCAAAAAAAAAAAUAGCGAGAGUGGUGGUUUGGGAAAGAUGGUAUUUAAUGGCGUUUUCUUGCAGUUAUAAAAGCAACUCCUAAUAAGAGCAGAAAAAAGAUAACGAAAACGAAACAAUAUGAGAGCGGAGGUAAAUAUUGGAGCUUGCCAUUCGCACACCUCGCCUCCUCUUUUCUUUUCUUCCUUCAUUCUGACUUGCGGUAGUAUCAAGCAAUCCUCACAAAAGGAGAUGAAAAAUUCUGGAACAGGUGGCGUAGAUGGAGCCAACGUUUCGACAAAUGGUCUGGAACCACCCCGCCUGGUGCCUGCGUGCACCACCGAUAUAGUUCGAGCUCAAUAAAAGUUGAUUCAUCAUCAUCAUGCCUUCUUCGAGGCAGCUGCCCUGAAGAA